GCAUCAACAUGAGUCGGCCAAAAAACUCGUGGAAGAGGAACGGGAGCAAUUUGUUUCCCUCUGGGAAGCAGCCGACACCGAAGCAACCCGUUUAAAAAAGAGAGCGCAGAAGCUUUUAAUGGAACGAAAUGCGUCCAGG